AUGGCGUCGUCCCGCGGCGCAACUCUCUCGCUGUGCCAGUCAUGUCUGCGCAAUGCUCUCCGUGGCGGUCGCAGCAGCACCAGCACCAGCAGUUCCUCGAACCGAAAUCAUGCGACCCUCCAAUUCCACCGGCCUUCCUCCUCGAAACACCAACUGCGAGUCAGGACGAGCUUGUCGUUCCGUAGACCGGCGUCGACCGACCAGAAACCGCCCGUCGUCCUCGAGCAGCCGGACAAGUUUCGGCCGCCGUCGCACCCUUCACGACUGAAUGCUCGCCGAAGGACGCCGGGGGCUUAUAACCAGGGCACGACGGCUCAGGAGAAAGAACAGCAGAAGACCCGGACGUAUCCGCACAUGUUCCCGCCCAAGGGCUCGUUCAUGCAUUGGUUCUUGACGGAUCGGUGGAUUCACAUUUGGAUUACCAUGGGAACUCUCACCAUCCUGGCGUGCAUCACGCUCACUCAGACCUUCGUCAAGACUUCCCCUUACGCGCACCUCCUCCCGCCCAUCUCGACCCUGCCGUUCCACCCGCUCGAAUACAUCCGCGAGUCCAUGGCCGUGGUCAGGCUCCACAUCGACUACACGACCGCGCAGGCCAACGAGAGCAGGCAGCAGAAGAUCCUGGACGCGCAGAAGCGCAGGCUGUACCGCCGCGCGCACGGCAUGGAAGACCUCGACGCCCAGGAGGAGCAGGGGAUCGACGUCCGCGGCCUGGUGCCGUGGGACGACGGCUUGACGAACGCCGAGCGCGAGCGCGGCGGCAGGGAAGAGGCCGUCACCGGCAAAGCCGUCAUUGAGAAGGGCGGACGGCUCGGUGACGACGUGGACGAGUUCGCGAGGAAGAUGAGGGAACGGAGGGAACGGGGAGAGCCCGAGGAGUUGACCGAGCACCAGCAGCACCAGCAGCCGGAAAGGAGGAAGAGGAAGCUCUGGUUGGGUAUCUGGUAA